AGAGGAAACAUCCCCACCUCCCUCCCCACCUCUGACAGAUUCUGGGUUUUCCCAGUCACGAUCAGCAUCUCAUUUUUCCCCUCCCCAUUUUUUUCUUGAAAUAUUCUGUGUUAGUUUGUUUUGAGGCCCCUUUUUGUGAAAUUUGAAUCCCUUUCUCCCAUAAUGUCGUCUCUUUUGAGGGAAGAGAUGCAGAGAGUUUUAUUUCGACCUGCAAAGCACAGACUUGUGGAGUUUAUUGAAAUCGAAGAGCCAACGCCUGGAAGGCAUUUUCUCUGCGUCUCAGUUGGACAAAAAAAAGUGGUGCAGUUAAGCAUAGUGCAUUGUCAGAUCUCUCAGUCAACCCAAAAAUCUGGAUCCAAGAAGUUACCAACUAAACGUUCCAGCAUCCAGGAAUGCUACAAAAGGACAGAGAUCUGGUCCCUGCAUGACCUGACUCUUGUUGAUGGAAGAGAUCCUGAUGUGGAUGACCCCUGCUUCCUGUUGCACUUCGAUAAGGUGCGCACAGUGAUGGCCAUCACCUGCUCAGCUAAAUACACGAUGGUGCGCGCCCUGGUUGCCCUCUGCGACCGCUACUGUCAGAAGCCGCUAAAUCUGCAGAACUUUGACUUCCCUUACAUCAAGCCCACCACUUACUACUCCAACAGGGGGGACUGUGUCGUUCUGUCCCAGAUAUGCUUCUAUGCGUGCAAUCUGGUUUGCUUGUCUAUGUGUCCAGUGCCACUGGACGCCUAACAACACAACUUCUGCGUGUUUCUCUAUAGUGCGUGAGCAUUGUUGUGCUGUAGCUAAUGUUCUGUAGUUCUGGUCAAUCGCAGGUAUGCUUCAGUUGGGUUUUAAGAAAAAAUAUUGAUUGUUUAUUUAUUUUUGCAUCUUUAAAGUGUAUGUUCAUGACAAACAAGUUUUAGAUUGAUAUUUCUAAGACAUCUUUUGUACUUAGUGUUUCAUUAUGUGAUCCAUAAAGAGUCCACUAAAAUUGACAUUCACAAUAAAACAAAAAUAAACUGUAGAAGACAAAUAUAACAAAGAGUUUAAUGACUUAUUUUAUUGAUGGUAAAUAAAGACUCCUGUGAACACAGUA